AUGCUUGCUUCACUGCUCCUGGGCUUGACAUUUGCCUACUUUAUCUGGAGCUGGAUGAGUCUAGAGUCUAAUGUGCGUAAAGCUCGAGCUCUGAACGUACACAUUAUUCGUAUCCCGUUUGAUGUAAACAACUACGCUUGGGUUACGGUCCAACCUCUGCUAUGGAAGGUGUUGGCCAGUGUGCCAGUCUCUUGGGACUUCUACCCCGACUUCGUGCGGUUUUCUCACCGGAACUGGCACUUUCUCGAAAAGAGCAGUCCCGCAGCACGCUUCGGAUCAGUCUGGGCAACCGUCUCACCCGGCGGGAUCCAUUUAUACGUUGCAGAUCCGGAUGCUAUUGAGAGCAUCUUCUCAAGAUGGCGAGGUUUUGUUCGCCCUGUAGAGAUGUACCAGAUGUUAUCCGUCUACGGGCCUUCCGUUUUCACAGUCAAAAUGCAGGAUUGGCCUCGUCAUCGCAGAGCUGUAGCAGCGCCAUUCAAUGAACCCCUAAUGGAAUUUGUAUGGGGCGAAGCACUUCGUCAAGCACAUGCUUUGCUUGGCCACUGGGCUUCCAGCUCCGUGGCCGGCAUCACGUCUAUGGAGGAAGAUCUGCAGACACUCUCUCUUAACGUGCUCGCUUCAACAGCCUUCGGAGAAUCCUACGACUUCAGAAGCUCCACCGAAACACACCCUGCCAAUUCUGGUAUUGAAAGCUACCGGGACGCUUUGUUCCUCGUGCACAAGCACAGUAUCCUCCUGAUGCUCAUUCCUUAUCGUAUCUUGAUCAAACCUAUGAUGCCCAAGAGCCUUGCCAAGAUUGGUCGAGCAGCUGUGUCUCUCAAAGAGUACAUGAUCAAGAGUAUUGAAAAAGAGACAGCAGCUAUCGAUCGAGGGGAUCCGGGAUCAGGCGGCUUCAUCACACAUCUGGUGCGCACGCUUGACGAUGAAGACGAUAUUGAGACGAGGGCAAAUGUUGGCGACCGUACCACCAAAAAGUCCAGAAAGGCGGCUCUCUCGAUGGACGAAAUCCUCGGUAACAUGUUUGUCAUCAACUUCGCAGGUUACGACACAACAGCCAACACGCUAGCCUUCAGUGUGCUCCUUCUAGCCGCACAUCCAGACAUUCAGCAGUGGCUCCGCGAAGAGAUCAUGGCCGUUACCCAUGGAAAGCCCGCCACGGACUGGACUUACGACUUAUUCCCGAAACUGAAGCGGUGCGAGGCCGUGUUUCUCGAGACGCUCCGGCUCUACGGACCAAUCACAGGCUUGCCCAAGAUUGCGGCGGAAAAGGUACAGCAUCUACGUGUGGGCGACCGUGUGCUUGCCAUUCCUCCUGGUAUGGAAACUAUUCCGUUACCUCUUGCUGUGCAGACGGACCCGAGGUAUUGGGAGGAUCCUUUCACUUGGCAACCAUCGCGCUGGCUUGUAGCCCUUCCAGGGGCUGGGACCGAGGCCAAUGCUCGUGAGGAGCUGUUUGUUCCCCGAAAAGGAUCAUAUUUUCCAUGGUCUGAAGGUCUACAGGGCUGUGCUGGCCAGAAGUUCUCUCGAGUUGAAGCAGUUGCUGCACUGGCGUGUAUAUUCCAGGCUCAUCGACUAUACCCAAAGACCGACAUGCAUGAGACUUCGGAACAGGCGAGAAAAAGAGCUCGGGAUUGCGUUAACAACGUGAACUACCAGCUUUUGCUAAAGAUGAAUAACUCGAAAGAGAUUAAAUUGGGGUGUACGAGAUUGUGA